AUGGCGCACCCAGUUCCAGACCUGAUCGCAAAAGUGGGUGGGGUUUGGGCAGGCCAGGACCUACAGAACGAGUUCCAGAGAGAGGUUGCUGAGAUGCUAAAGAGGAACAAUCCAAGAGUAUUCCCAGGAGCCCAGCCUGUGUCUUUUGCGAAGAAGCACCUCGAUGAAUUGAAAACUCAAGACUACUUCGUCUGCGAGAAGACCGAUGGACUGCGAGUCCUGCUGUAUCUUACAGACGAUGGCCAGAACCCUCCCGUAACCCCGGUCGCAUAUCUAAUUGACAGAAGAAACGACUACUAUUGGGUAGACAGACUUCGAUUUCCUCACCAUGAAAACAACCCGACCUACAGUAGAUUCCAUACCCGUACUCUACUCGAUGGAGAAUUGGUCGAAGACAGACAUCCAGAUGGCAGGACUACUAUCAAGUUUCUAGCCUUCGACUGCCUUGUCUGCGACAACAAAGAUAUGAGAGAGAGACCUUUGGACAAGCGGCUGGCCUACCUCAAGGCGUAUAUCCUCAAACCCUAUACCGCUUGGCUGAAAGACUUCCCAGCCCAAGCGUCCCAGCAAGCCUUCAUUUUUGACGACAAGAAGACUGAAUUUGCGUACUCUCUUCAGAGAAUGUUCGAGGAAAUCAUCCCACAAGUCAAGAAACUGCAUGAUCAACACAUUCUUAAGUGGAAGCCCCCUCACGACAAUACGGUUGACUUCCUGAUGCACAUCGAAUGGGCCACCAUAAAACCCGACCUCGGCGAUCCAGACCAAUCACUCCAGCAUGACUACGACUCCCUUCCAGCCGGCAUAGGUCUCUACAUAUACCAUGGUAGAAACAUGGAUUACAGCUACGUGGCUGACUUGUACCUCACCUCCGCUGAGUGGGACGGUCUGAAGCUGCGAGGAGUUCCAUUACAGGACGCGAUUGUCGAAUGCUUCCUGGAGGACACCACUACAUCGGACGGUAGUUCCAGCAAGGAACAGCCUGAUGGACCGGCACACAUUAAAAGAUGGCGACUAUAUAGGAUGAGGGACGAUAAAGAUGAAGCGAAUCACAUUUCCACGUUCGAUAGUGUGAUUGACUCGAUUCAAGACCAUAUCACGGAGCAGGAUUUAUUGAAUCAUGCAGACGCAAUUCGAGCUGCGUGGAAGGCUAGAGACGCGAGGAAAUCUAGUCGUCCGCCUCAGUAG